AUGAAGGGGAAAAUACUGUUAAAAAAUAUAUCAAUGGGCAGGUUCAGCAAGGCAAUUGCAGUAGUCAAGGAUCAAACCAGUAUACACUUAGCCAAACGGGCAACGAUAUCAGACCUUGAUGUGGCGAUCGUGAAGGCCACAUGCCAUGACGAGUACCCUUCCGAAGAGUGUUACAUUCAAGAAAUCUUGAACCUUACAUCCGAAUCGCCUCUGUAUGUAGCCUCCUGUGUUAAUACCAUUUCUCGUCGUCUCAACAAGACCCGGAAUUGGGCUGUGGCCUUGAAAAUACUCAUGUUGGUCCAAAAGUUGCUUUAUGAAGGUAAUCCUAAGUAUCAGGAAGAGAUCUUCUUUGCGACUCGACGUGGAACCCGUCUAUUGAACAUGUCGGAUUUUAGGGAUGCACUUAGAUCUAACACAUGGGAUUAUGCGGCUUUUGUUAGAACAUAUGCAUUGUUUCUUGAUGAGCAACUUGAGUACAAAAUGCAGGGGAAGAGAAGAAAACACAGUUCAUUUGCACUUGAAAAAGAUGAGGAAGAUGAUACAGAACCUGUAGCUAUAGUUGUACCCGUUAAUGAAAUGACAAAUGAGCAAAUAUUUGCUCGAAAUAACCAUCUGAUGCAACUUCUUGAAAGGUUUAUUGCUUGCAGGCCAACAGGUGGAGCAAGGCGUCACAGGAUGGUGAUGGUGGCUCUAUACCCAACUCUAAUACAAAGUUUCCAGCUUUAUCAUGACAUAACAGAGAUCAUGGGCGUCUUGCUUAAACGGUUUGAUGGUCUCAACGUCUCAUAUUCCAUGAAGGUCUAUGGUAAUUUCCAGCGAGUAGCAAAACAGUUUGACGAACUUGAUUUGUUUUAUGAUUGGUGCAAAUCCGUUGGUGUUGCAAGGACAUCCGAGUAUCCAGAAGUGGAAAAGAUUUCACAAAAUAAGUUAAACGCCAUGGAUGAACAUAUCAAAGGGAAGUCAGAUGAAUCAAAACAAGAAACUUAA